AUGGGGGGUGGUAUGGUGGGCACUAGGCCGCGUCCCCAGCCCCCACGCGCGGGCCUACCUGCGCACGUCUGCGGAGUCCCCGCAAUACCUCGGGAGACCCCUGUCGUGGAGCCCCGGCGAGGCCGGGAAGCUGCUGGGACUGGAACUGUGUGCGUGCGGGGCGGACGGGAGGCGCGAGCGCCGCUCGGUCAGUACUCCGCGGACCGCGAUUGCGAGUGCAUUUGUCGUGCGUACUAUAGUUACUUAGGGAAUAACUUAAUAAUGAGGCGGCGUGCUCGCAAACUGUUGGACUUGGUGCCAAGAAAUGAUGUGGUUGAAGAAAAAAAAGUCUUACAAGAUAGUACGAAUGUUCCAAUCGAUAUGAGUAAUCGUAUUGAUUCUCCAGUACCUUCGGGUUGUGAACAAGAGAUCAAGUUCUUAUUGCAAGUUGAAGCAGAAGAAUUUUUACAAUUAAACAAUAAUAAUGAUUUGCCAGACUUUUUUGUUACUAUAGAAGAAGAAACAGAACACGUAGAAGUAGAAGAAAUAGCACAUAAAAAUAAAGAAAAAGACAAAGUACAAGAAAAAAGUAACGAUGUACAAUUAUCACCAUUGAAUAAUGUUGUAGAAUUACCCAUUGCUGAGGAGAUUAUGUCUCAAGAAAAAAGGGUACAAAGACAAAAUUGUGUACCAUCAUCACCAAAAAAUAGUUUAGAAGGACCAGAGGUUCUUGAAGAUGAAAUGAUACUAUCACGAGCUGCCAAUACAACCAUCGAUUGCCCUAUGAGUGAAAACUUAUCAAUUUUGACGACUGAUUUAAAUUUUAACAGUCCUACUUCAAGCUUUACGAUUCCAUCUCCAUUAUCGUCCGCUGUUUCUUCUCCAGUCGGUUCUCCUUUAGAUUGUAGUAACAAACGGCGUUCUGGUAAGGUCCGUACUCGUAAUUAUACAGAAUGGAAAGAUCUUAAAAGAAAAGCACUCAAAAAUUCAGGAAAACCUUUUAUUAACAAAAUGGGACGAGCCGUUUCCGGCAAAAAAAUUAAAGAGCCUUGCAACUGUCCAAAGAAAUGUUUUGAAAAAAUUGAAGAAAGUUGCAGGGAACAUGUUUUUAACUGUUUUUGGGAUAUUGGAAGUCAUGAGAAACAAUGGGAUUUUAUUGUGAAAUACACUAGGUGCCACAAACCAAAACGUAUUAAAGCAGAAGGGCCAAAUAGAACACAAACAAGGAUUUAUAAUUUACCAAUUAACAAAACUGAGACAGUUCAAGUCUGUCGGAAAAUGUUUUUGAACACUCUAUCAAUUAGUGAAAAAACUGUACGCACCGCAUUCAUGAAAGUUAAUACAUCGAUGAAUGAACAUCGCUUAAGUGACUUGAGAGGCAGACAUCUUAACCGGCCAAAGAAAAUAAAAGAAGCUGUAGUCGAUAGUGUGAAAAAUCAUAUUGAUUCUCUGGCGCCUGUUGAAUCGCAUUACUGCCGUAAAAACAGCACAAAGAAAUAUCUGGACGGGCAGCUAUCAUACAAACGUCUGCAUAACUUAUACACAGAAUGGUUUUUGCAUGAAAACUAUGACUGUGAAAUGGCUUCACUUCGUCAGUAUCAAGAUAUUGUCAACAAAAAUUUUAAUAUUGCUUUUUACCAUCCAAAAAAAGACCAAUGCGAUAAGUGUCAUGCUUUCUUUUGUAACAAGGAACCAACUGACACACAAAAGCGUGAACAAGACCUACACAUGCAGCGCAAAAAUUUUUGUAGGACUGUUAAAGCGGCUGACAAAGCUGAAGCUGAAAGAAACAGCAGCAUAAUAGUAGCAACUUUUGAUAUGCAAAAAAUUUUGACUUGUCCUUUCGGAAAUGUAAGCAUUUUUUAUUAUAAGAGGAAACUAAACCUCUACAACUUUACUGUAUAUGAUGUGGCACAAAAAAGUGGUUACUGCUACAUGUGGACAGAAGUGUUUGGUAAAAAGGGAGCAAACGAAAUAAGCAGUGGCUUAAACUUGUUUAUAAAGACGAAAAUUGAUGAUGGUGCUAAAAUUUUUAGAUUUUGGUCAGAUAAUUGCUCUGGUCAAAAUCGUAAUCGUAUAGUCUUUGCAUUUUAUCAGCAUGUUCUUGAAAAGUUUGAUAUAGAAAGUAUAACCCACCGCUUCCUUGAAGUUGGGCACACACAAAAUGAAGGGGACAGUGUCCAUUCAGUUAUAGAAGGAGUUUCAAAUAGGAAGACUAUAUAUACUCCCGACCAAUGGGUAAAUCUAAUUAGAUGGGCCAAAACUACAGGCGAAGCAUACAGAGUUAAGGAAAUGGCUUUGACAGAUAUUUUUAACUAUCGAUCUUUACUUAAUGGGAAAAAUUGGACUAAAAAUGAUGACGGAGAAAAAGUAGUAUGGAGUAAGAUUAAAGAAGUGCAUAUUACUAAAGAAAAUUAUAAUGUAAUAAAAUAUAAAUAUGAUCUUAAUGAAGAAUAUGACACAAUGACAACAUUAAAAAAAAGUAGAAGAGGAAAGAAAACAAUACCGGAUCCAGAAGUCCAACUUGCCAAUACGACUCCUCUUAAAGUUAAAUAUGAUAAAUACAAAGACUUAAUGUCAAUGUGCGACUCAAAAAUAAUCCCAGAUGAAUUUCAUUCAUUUUUCCGAGGAUUGCCGUAUGAGCAAAUACCGUUAGGGAAUGAUAACAAUACAGAAAGUACUGACGAAGAAGAUGAUUAUGACAAGUGGUUUAUGGUAACUAAAAUAAGACACAUGGACGUUCAUAGAUACGUGGUUCACGAAUCUUGA